AUGGACGACGACGGCUUGAUUCUCAACUUCGCCGUGCCCGACACGACCGCCGCGCCCGCGCCCCACAACCCCGUCAGCUACUCCGGCGGCCGGUGGAAAGAACGCAGAAACUUGAGGCUCCAGCUGCAAGGCCGCGAGUUGAAAAAAGCGUCCGGGGCCAACGGCGUCGAAAUGGCCGGCCACUUGCGCCACUUGCAGGUGCAGGCCGAGGCCAUGAUCACGGACCCCGUGCCGCCCAAAAAGCGCCCGUCGCCAGGCCCGGGCUUGGCCAGAAGCCCCGAGCACAACCACCCGGGCAUCCCGUCCAAAAGAGUCAAGUUCAUGGAGACGGCCGGCAACAAGGGCGGCAAACACAACUCGUACGUGUCGUCGUUGUUCACGGCGAAAAACAGCGCCACGUUGAAGGAGUCCGCGCCGGACGCCACCACGCACAAACCGUCCAACGCACCGCUCACCGACGACAGCACGUUCGAGGGCUUGGGGCUCUCGGGCAAGUUGGCGCGCCACUUGGCCACGGGCAUGAAGUACGCCGCGCCCACCAAGGUGCAGCGGGCCGUGGCGCCGCAGCUCCUCCGCGCCGAGACAGACCUCUUUGUCAAGGCGCAGACCGGGUCCGGCAAGACGCUUGCGUUUGCGCUCCCCAUCUUGGACACGUUGAUGCGCGAGCAGGACGCGAUCGCGCGGCUGAGCGGGUUGUUCGCGUUGAUCUUGACGCCCACGCGCGAGUUGGCCUUGCAGAUCCACUCGGUGUUGGAGGCCGUGCUCCGGUGCCACCACCAGAUCGUGCCGGGCAUCGUCGUGGGCGGCGAGAAGAAGAAGUCGGAGAAGGCACGCCUCCGCAAGGGCGUCAACGUGCUCGUGGCCACGCCCGGCCGGCUCGCGGACCACUUGCAGAACACGGCGUCGCUCGACGUGUCGCAGGUGCGCUGGCUUGUGCUCGACGAGGGCGACCGGCUCGUGGAGCUCGGCUUCCAGGAGACCAUCACCCAGAUCACGGACUUGUUGCUGCGCCUGUCGCGGCUCACGGACUCCCUGCGCCGCUGGCCCGCGUUGCCCUCGCGCAGGGUCAACGUGUUGUGCUCGGCCACCAUGCCGGAGGACGUCAAGCAGUUGGGCAGCACCGUGUUGAGCAGCCCGCAGAUGAUCUCCGUGGACCGCGAGAGCGUGGCGGACAGCAACGCCACGGCGCCGGACCAGCUCGUGCAGCGGGUCAUGGUGGUGCCGCCCAAGUUGCGCUUGGUCACCUUGGCCGCGGCGCUCAAGGCCGCCGCCAGGCCGCCCGCGGACGCCGUGGCGCGGACCAUGGUGUUUUUCUCGUGCUCGGUCAACUUCCACUACGAGGCGUUCACGCGUGGCGGCAUUGCCACCAUGCGCAAGACCAGCGAGGCCCGUGAGAGGGAGGCCCGGGCCCACGCUGGCACCGCGAAGGACGACGAGAAGGACGACGAGCAGAGAGACAAAAAGAGAGGCAACGGCAGAGACAAGCACAGCGACAACGGCAGAGACAAACACAACAGAAACAAGGACUCCAGUGACGCCGACGCCGCCCCCCAGUUCUGCGCGUGCACGGCCCCCCAGGUCGACAGCAACACCGUCGUGUUCCGGCUCCACGGGUCCUUGUCGCAGCAGCAGAGAACAUCCACGUUGCAGCAGUUCGUGCUGAACGAGGGCUCCAACAAGGGCAAGCACCUCGUGCUCUUCUGCACGGACGUCGCCUCGCGCGGCUUGGACUUGCCCAACAUCGCGCACGUCAUCGAGUACGACCCGCCGUUCACCAUCGACGACCACUUGCACCGGAUCGGCCGGUCCGCGCGCGUGGGCAACAAGGGCGAGGCCACGCUCUUCUUGCUUCCCGGCGAAGAAGAGGGCUACGUGGACGGCAAGCUCCGCGUGGUGCACCCCAAGACCAGCAACUUGCGCGUGGUCAACUACGAGAGCAUCUUGGAGAAGAGCUUCCUGGAACAAGCCGCGCCCAAGAAAGACGCCCGCAGGGACCCCAAGAGCAAAGAGGGCAAGUGGGACAUCCACGCCACCACCUGGCAUUUGGACGUGGAGCGCUGGCUCUUGGAGGACAAGGCCUCGCUCGACAAGGCGCUGAAUGCCUUCGUGUCGCACGUGCGGGCCUAUGCCACGCACUUGUCGUCGGAGCGCAUGUACUUCAACGUCAAGCUGUUGCACUUGGGCCACUUGGCCAAGGCCUUUGGCUUGCGCGAGACGCCCAAGAAACUCGGCCGCACCACGGGCAACCACACCAGCGAGGCGGCCAAGAAGAAGGAGGAUCCCCGCAAGAAGAUGUUGCGCAUGGCCCGCAUGACCGAGAAGGCCCGCUCCUCGGAGUUCAACUACUAG